CCUCAACAAAAGAAAAUGGUGGGAAUACUGUUGAUGAUCUUGAGAUGAUAUUUGACCGAAUAUAACCAAUUUAUGAUCGAUAAUUAUAAGUCUGCGUGCAUCAGAAAAGUGUAUAAAGAUAUUGUGCAUUAGCAGAAACAGGCUUCCGAUAGAUAACGUUGCUUGUAGUUAGAUGAUGAAGGACAGCACAAUGUCGGUUGCAGACACAGAAGAAGAAUUUAUGGCACCUCAGGUGUCGAGCCCUACUGAUGAUGAAGAGGAAGAGGUAGAGGAAAACAGCCCCUUUGAAAGUAUGCAAACAGAGCUACACAGCAGGGGUGCAGAACUGACAAAGGCCUGGUCAAACUUGUUCAGUUUCAUAACGAAAUAUCAAGCGGAACUUUUUGUUAAAGAGAACUCGGUUGAAAUAGCAGAGAAGGAAAUAGAGCAGAGAAAGAAGCAGCUUGCAGAAAUGAAACCAGUGGUUGAUGCUGGUAAUGAGGAGAUUACACAAUUACAAGAUGACAUUCGAACGAAAGAAAGACAACUUCGUCAAGCACAGUCGCAACUUUCUGUCAAGGAGCGAAUGUUACAACGGGUACAAUCAGACCUGUCUUGUAAUAUGGAAAUGUUAGAAAACUCUCGAAGUGAACUUUUAGGCAAACAAAAUGAGAUUAUUCGAUAUAGGGGUGAUCUAGAACGUAUGAAAUCUGAAUUGACUAUAAAACAAGAGCAAAUACAAAUCAAAGACAAUUUGUUGAAGAAAUUACAGAAUCAACUCAUGAAGGAGAAUGCCGAAUUGAGGGAACAGUUGGAACUUGAACGACGGGCGCUACAAUUGGAGAAACAAUCACAUGAGCUGACGAAAAGAACCCUGUCGUCGCAGAGUGGGGGUAGGAAGCGACCGAGAACGAGUGAAGGCCCUGCUGCUGUGAUAGAAAUUCCUGACUCGCCACCAACACUAGAUCUUUCCGUUGAAGGAGAUUUCGGACUCUCAAACAUCAUCUCAUUGGCCGAAUCGCAGGCUAUGGGAGAAGACUCUUCAGCGCAAACAAGACUUUCCUCGGGACACGAUACAUCCCGUAUUUCAAACACCUCUCAGUCUUUCACAGAUCAUUCCAGCCGUUUACACCACAUGCCAACCACGACCACUCCCUCCCAAUGGGGUUUUUCAACCCCAUCUAAAGUUGCCCCGUCUCCAUCAAAGUUUAUGGCGUCACCCUCGAUAACGCCUACACGGGCUUCUCUAACAAGUAUUAAUGACAAUAUUUCAAUAACUGAUACAGCUGCCAUGACAUCCAGUGAUACAUUUUUCCCCCUAAGUGUUUCUGAGGACGUUAAACCUGGUAUUGACACUAUGACAUCUAGUAUGCAAAUGGACAGUGACAGUCAAGGCAAUAUGCCGACUAUAAAACCAGGGACUCCUAGCUCAGGGACAAGUGAUAGUAAUCAAGGCCCAGUGCCAGUGUCGGGGCCGAUACCAAGUCCAGCGAUGUCACCAGGUGGCAGCACGGAUGGGGGAGCAGACGGAAAGGAUUCGGAUUCGGAUGUCAUAUAUCCUGUUCAGAGUGAGGAGAUGUCUUGGUCUGGCAGUGACUCCGAAUCUGAAGUAUUCAGGUGUGAUCUGUGUGACUUGGUGGUCGCUUCCAACAGAGCAUUGCGGAUGCACCGACGCAGCAAACAUGCCGAUGAAGAGCUAUAUGUUGCUUGCAGGGUCUGUGGUGACAGGUUUAGACAUGUGACUGAUCUUGCCAGACACGAGCUCUCACACGAGGAGCCAAUGAAGUGUUUGCUUUGCGACGAAGAGUUCUGGACUGUCUACAAAUACCGCUGUCAUGUCCUGCGCCAUCGGAACCAGGCAUUGAAUAGCGAAUCCUAUAAUCGACGAAAAUACAGUUGUGAUACGUGUGGCAAAUUAUUUCACACGAAACAUUCGCUACAACAACAUAUUGCUACUCACUCGACUGAUAAACCGUUCGUAUGCCCCGACUGUAGUGCAGUAUUCCGGACGAAGAUUGGUUUGAAGUGUCACAUUGGCCGACAGUGUUAUUCGCGGCUGGGCAGGUCAAGUGCCAAUGUUUUGCAACAGGAUGAGUGUUACUUUUGCCACAAGUUGUUUGGGACGAGAUUACUCAUGAAGGAGCACUUGGCAACGCAUACUGAUGAAAAUCCGGAGCAAUGUCCGAUAUGUCACAAAACGUUCAGUAUGAAAUCGAAUCGAAACAAACACUUGAAUACUCAUGUGGCCGUUAUAGUAUUCAGGUGUGACGCGUGUCUGAUAAGUUUUAGAACAAAAAGUCAUUUGCAAAAACAUAUGGCGACUGAACAUCAUGAUUUGGAUAAAACAACUGUACCUUCUGAAACAACUGGUGAGGGGGCACGGGGGACCUCAACGACAGAAGGUGAAUGCAAAGAUAAGCAGACGCCUUCAAUAAAACAAGAGGAUUCGUCAGAUGUUGGGCCUAAAUCUGGAGAUAGCGUCACACAUGUGGAUGAAGUUGGCCUGGAAACAUCGGGAGGUGAUGAUGGAAUGCCAGUACCAGGGCCGUCUGCAAAAAAAGACUCGGUGGAAAGAAGGAAAACGCUCCCUGAGAUAACGUGGAAAAUUUACGAAUGUGACUUCUGCCGUUACGCGUUCAUCUCGCAGAAACUUCUGGAUGCGCAUCGCAGGAAACACACGGGUGAAAAACCGUACUUGUGUUCGAUUUGUGGGAAGGGAUAUCAGAGUAGUAGCAGUCUUUCAAAACAUAUUGCACUCCACCCCUUUGUGGAAAAACCUAAAAAUACCAUAUGUCCUGUUUGUAAAAAGCGUUUUAAGAGUUGGUGUUUUUUGCGUGACCAUUUACGCGUUCACUCGGGGGAGAGACCAUUUGUUUGUGAGACGUGUGGAAAGGGGUUUAUGAGUAUGGAUGUCCUGAAAAAGCACAGAGCUACACACAAGAAAAAGGAAUGAGUCAGGGGUGUGAGUUGAUAUUGGAUCUGAGGGAAGGUAUUCUACUGUAUUUGAUUUAUAUUGAGAGUUGACAUGGCUGCACACAAGAAAACAACUUGAGCAGACGACUUCCAGUAAGGCGAGCAGACGUAAUCGACUUCACAUAUUUUCUUUAAAACUAAGCCUUCAGGAGGAAAAUAUUUGAAGUAGGCCUAUGUUUUUCAUACUGACCAUCCCUAUGUUUCUUCAGUUUUAUCUAAUAUACAUGUCCUCCAUCAGGUUCAGUUGAUUAAGUUCUGUUAAUAAAAUUCAGUCUUUCUUCUCUUCUUCUUCUUCUUCAGUUUGUAGAAACUCACUUGGCAGAUGUUUCUUCCAUAGACUUAUGGAUAAUAGUAUUCAACUGAUAUUUCACUUUGACGCUUUAUUUUUUGCAGGUAGCUAGCUUCAGUUUCAUUGAAUUCUUCUGAAAGAGUCAUUUUAGUGUCUGUUUUUCAGAGUUAUCAGCACAUAGCUUACAAAAUUGAUGAGAAUCACUUGAUUUCUUAU